AUGCCUCACGCUCUCUCGAUGCCAGCCCCUGGCUUCCAAGCCAUCAUACUUUGCGGUCCUGGAUCUUCGUUCCCGACCUUCACGGCAAACCCGGACGAGAGUCCAAAGGCUCUAAUACCGAUUGCAAACCGGCCUAUGGUCUGGUACGCCAUCGACUUCUGCUAUCGGAUAGGUAUCACGAACAUCACUCUGAUUACCCCACCUUCAUCUGCUCCAGCGAUCACAGCUGCUCUCAACACAAACCCCCAUCUCACAGGCCUCCCGCUACCCAAGCCGGAUCUUUUGGCUCCAAAAGACCUCGAGCAAAAUACCGGCACGGCCGAAAUAUUUCGCUUACCAGAAGUUCGCGCCGUUGUUAAAGGCGACUUCAUUGUGCUACCAUGUGAUCUGGUUUGUGAGCUUGGCGGAGAAUCACUGCUGGAAUCAUGGAUGAUCAAGGAGGGUGGUCUCGGUGGUGCAACAGGUGGUGGACAUGAGUUCACCGGCCCCAAAAUGGCUUUGGGAGGAGAGAAGGGAGGACGGCGGGGUGGAUUAGGAGUCUGGUAUGAGACUAAAGGAGAGACCGUCAUCAAAGGGGAGGAAACUGACUUCAUUGCAACAUCGCCUAUCGAAGCUGGUCCUGUACCACCAUCAAAGUCCUCGCUCCUUACCCAUGUCUCCAAGCUGGUAUACUCUGUCCCAACAGACACUCUCAACGACAUCACCGAGGCCAAGAAAGCCCUACCAAUUAGACACAGUCUCAUCAAAGCCCACUCUCGGAUACGCAUGCUGAGUUCGCACCGCGACGCCCACAUUUACAUAUUCCCCGCGUGGGUAAUGGAUAUGAUCAACAGCAACGAGCAUAUGGACAGUAUCAGCGAGGAUGUCAUCGGAUGGUGGGCCAAAGCUGGCUGGCAAGAGGGUCUGGCGGAGAAGAUUGGACUGAGCAAGAUUUUCUCUAGUCCUCCUCCAACAGCAAGUGAGGAGAACAUGAUGCAGGACAACAAAGAGCAUGACAAUAUCGGCUUUGCUAGCCUCAGCACAACCCAUACUUCCCGUCUCCAGGUCGGAGAAUCCAACGAUAGCAAAGAGAAAGUCAUCGUUCCUCCCAUCCUAGCAUACAUCCACCCUAAGAAUACCAAGAUCAUACGCCGGGUCGAUACCGCUCCUCUCCUGCUCUCCGUAUCCCUCCAACUCGCUAAACUUGAACCGAUCGAAGCUGUAGGCCGCGAUGCAUCCUCGCCGUUUGCGCACGAAGCCAAAGUAGCCUACCCACAAGGCGUAGCUUCGAAGACGACUGUUACCAGACAAGACUGCCUACUCGCAGAAAAUGUGACAGUGGAAGACAAGUGCUCGAUCAAGGAAUGCGUUAUCGGUGCCAACUGCCAGAUCAAGCAAGGCGCAAAGCUCAUUAGAUGUCUGCUGAUGGAUGGCGUCGUGGUUGGAAAAAACUGCAAGCUUACGGGGUGUAUCGUGGGAAAAAGGGCAGAGAUCGGUGAAGAUAGCAUUUUAACGGACUGCGAAGUGCAGGAGAAUUUGUUGGUGGACCCCGAGACGGAAGACAAGAAUAACAAGCUCAUGUCGUCCGACGGCAUGGAAGCCACGGAACAAGAGAUCCAGGAAUCCAUCAAGGAGGCCAAGAUCAAGGAGGCCAAGGAUAAGGACGAAGCGACGCUGGAAGACGCUGGUCUGGAACUCGAUAACACAAUGUAA